AUGCAGGUCCUCUCGCUCCUGUCUUGUGCAGCCGUCGUGACUGCCACAACUUUCACUCUCUCCGCCUAUGCCCCGGGCACUGAAGUUGAUGGUGCUGUCCUCAAUGCUGCUGCGAGCGCGUUCUACACCGGCAUCACUGGUCCUGCCACGUACUGCCCCAUCGAGCAUGGCUGCCCUGAGAUUGGUGGCACUGUCGUCUACGAUGGUUUGACUGCCAUGGCUGUCAUGGUCCCAGGCGGACAGCAGAUUUACGUCGCUUCAACUGGCGAGGUCAAGUACACUGCCGCACACUCAGGUUACAAGCCUCUUGGUUCCUACCUCGGCGGCUGGUUCAACCAGACCGUAGUCUGGGACUGUGCCCCGCCAGCUCAGGUGCUCAACUUUCUGGCCACCGACGGCUCCAAUGCUGGCGGCAUCGCCCUGUGCCCUGAUGUCGCGGACUUCAUGACUGGCACUGGGGCCAGCUUCCAGCUCUAUGCGAAAGUCCCCGGCUUCAACUUGAAGGACUGUGUCGACAUUGUUGGCCUCACUGUCCAUCAAAGCAGUGUCGAGCUCGGUGCUUGGCAGUAUCUUUGA